AAAAAUUAUUAUUGCUGAAAAUCGUUAUCACCGGCUAAAGUUGUAUGUUAACAUUUAAUAUUAAAAUUUUAUCUAAAGAAUUAAAAUUACAUAGUCGAUAAAAUUUUGUUCAAUUAAGAUGCGUCAUCCGUUAUUUAUAAAAUCAUUCCACGAUAUUAAUUUUAGUUAUAAAAUAAUGUGUCAGAUGUAUCGUUGUUAUACUACAAAGAAUGUUCUUAAGUUACACGAGCGAAACAUGCUUCAAAGUAUAUUUCCAGAAAAUUCAAGCAAUGAAAUUAUAACAAUAUUAACUAGAAAAAAUCAGUGUGUUUAUGCUGGAUUUGACCCAACCGCUGAUAGUUUGCAUAUAGGAAAUUUAUUGGUAAUCAUGAAUUUGUUACAUUGGCAACGAGCCAAUCACAAUAUCAUAGCUUUGAUUGGAGGUGCAACAGCUCAAAUAGGUGAUCCAAGUGGUAAAUCUAAAGACCGCAAAACAGAGUCUUCAGAAAAAUUGUUGGAAAAUAUUAAUGGAAUUACUAAGAGCUUAAAAUCUGUAUUUGAAAAUCAUUCAAAAUAUUUUUGGAAAAAAAAUCAACAAUUACCUGAUCCAAUCAUAUUAAACAAUAUGACAUGGUAUGAAAAUAUUGGUGUUAUUGAUUUUAUAAAUAAUAUUGGUAGACAAUUUAGAAUGGGUACUAUGUUAUCAAGAGAUAGUGUCAAAGCUCGUUUAAAUGGAAGUGGAAUGAGUUUCACAGAAUUUACAUACCAAACAUUUCAAGCUUAUGAUUGGCUAUACUUAUACAGAAAAUAUAAUUGCCUUUUUCAAUUAGGAGGAAAUGAUCAAAUGGGAAACAUCAUGUCAGGUCAAGAAUUAAUUAGUAGAGUUGAAAAUAACAAUGUUUAUGGAUUGACUGUUCCAUUAAUAACAACUGAUUCUGGGGAUAAGUAUGGAAAAUCAGCACAAAAUGCUGUAUGGUUAAAUGCAGAUAAAACUUCCCCUUUUGAAUUAUAUCAAUUUUUAUUAAGGACCCCAGAUGCUGAUGUUGAAAAAUUAUUAAAAAUGUUCACAUUUCUUACACUUCCUGAAAUUGAAGAAAUAAUGAAAAGACAUAAUCUAGAACCUCAAAAAAGAUUACCUCAUGAAAAACUUGCUCAAAAUGUUACUAAACUAGUGCAUGGAGUAUCUGGUCUUCAAGAAGCAUUAAUGGCUACAUCUAUUUUAUAUGAUAAAAAUGUUGAGAAUCUGGGCAAAAUAAAUUGUAAUGAUGUUUCAAAGAUCUUCAGUGGUGCAGAAGUAGUUGAGUUAUAUUUUGAACCUAGUUUAACUGUAUUAGAAAUGGCUAUGAAAGCUAAGUGUUUUUUAACUGAUAGUGAUGCAUGUAGAAUAAUUACAGCUGGUGGUUUUUAUAUAAACCAUCAAAGAAUGACAAAUUUGAAUGAGAUACUUACAAUAUCUGCCCAUAUUUUACCAAACAAAAUAUCUCUAGUAAGAGUUGGAAAACGUAAUUAUUGGAUUGUAAAGUGGAUAAUGUAGUGUAUGUUAUGGAAUAAUAUAUAACCAUUAGAAUAAAGUUGUAAACUAUAAUAUAUAAAUAUAUACAUUUAUGAAUUA